UAUGCUUUGUUCUGCGCGAGGACCGAUGUGGUCGUUUGCAUGACGAUGGGCGGGUCUGCUACGUCAGAGGAGCUGCUCCGUGGUGCUGGCUGGAGAAGCGCGUGAAGAGGGGGAUGGGGAGACUUGUUUUGUGUUGCAUUCCUGCAGUGUGUCUGACCUUUGACCUCGCAGUGGUGCUCUCUUCUCCUCUUCUUCCUCGCGUUCCAGAGUGAAAGCGUUUCCUGCAGUUAUGCCAAAGGAGUGCGUUCCGUGCCUUGCGUGCGCGCGUGUGUGUGUUUGCUAACUCACCAGCUACGGGGAACGUACAAAGGCUCGCGAGCUAACGUUCGCAGCUAGCAAACAGCGGAUUGCUUUUUGGGCGAAGCCGUUUUUUAAACGGGAGGCGCGUGCUGUUUUAUAAAACGAUCCGAGCAGGAAGACGCCGUCCUCCGUCUGAGCGAAGAGGAGGAAGAGGAGUAGUGGGGUGUUGAUUAACGUCUGCUGUUUGCAAGCGAGCUCGGUCGGGUCACUUAGCUCGCUCGCGCGCUCGCUAGCUAGCGAGGCUUAGCGCCCGUAUCACGCGCACGUUGCACGCAUCCGCCGCCUCCGAAUUCGGCGAGUCCUGCAGAAGAGACGCGUCCGCGAGACGAGACCCGAGGAAAUGAAGGACAAACAGAAGAGAAAGAAGGAGCGCACGUGGGCCGAAGCUGCUCGCAUGGUUCUUGAGAACUUCUCUGAUGCCCCAAUGACUCCUAAACAGAUCCUCCAUGUCAUCCAGACAAAGGGACUCAAAGAAAUGAGAAGUGGCACAGCACCAUUGGCCUGCCUGGUCACCAUGCUACACUCCCAGGUGCGCGGAGACCGAGUCAAAAACAGCAUAUUUUUUAAGCUGCCAGGAAGGAUGAGCCUCUUCACCCUAAAGAAAAAUGCCCUCCAGUGGACGAAGAGCCCGUCAACGACCGAGGCCCCUGACCCAACCGUUACACCAGCAGCCUCCACAGCCGCCACAGUCGGGGCGGCCGAGGGGGCGGAGCAGGAGAGCUGUGACUCCACAGAGACGGCUGCUGCGAGUGGUGAGAACGAUGCCUCGGUGGACGAGACCUCCUCCAGUGCCUCCUGCUCCACAGAGCCACAGAGUCGCCUGAGUCGGUCCUCGCAGUCAGGGAGACAGAGGAAGAAAGCUGUGAUGAUGCCUCGUGUGGUUCUUACUCCUCUCAAGGUCAACGGUGAACACGUCCCAUCAGGAGCUGCAGGCAGGCGCAGGGAAGGGUCUAGGGGGGGUCCUGGCCCCACACUCCGAGCCCGCUCCGAGCUGGGCUGGAAACGCCCCCAGCACUUCAAGAGCAUGCGUGGCCUUCGUUCAGGGCCAAUGAAGAGGAGUCGGGGUGGUGUGGAGGUCGACUUUGAGACCCCAGGUUCAAUCCUGGUCAACACCAACAUCCGUGCCCUGAUCAACACGCGUACCUUUGCAGCGUUCCCGCCUCACUCCCAGCAGCAGCUCCUCCAGCUCCUGCCGGAGGUGGACAGGCAGGUUGGCCCAGAUGGCCUCGCUCGGCUCAGUAGCUCGGCGCUGAAUAACGAGUUCUUCACUCACGCCUCUCAGAGCUGGAAGGAAAGGCUCGCUGAAGGUGAGUUCACACACGAGAUGCAAGUUCGUUUUAGACAAGAGAUGGAAAAAGAAAAGAAAAUGGAGGCAUGGAAGGAGAGGUUUUUUGAGGAGUACCAUGGCCAAAAGUCUGGCUUGACCCACGAGGAGUCGCUGAAACUGACGAUGAGCGAUACAGGAGACGUGGCCGGAUCCGUCCUGGGCACCGACACCUCUGCCGUAACCGCGCCCAAGAGGAGAAGCGUGGGAAGACGGCGAAGGGAGGGUCGUAUCAGGAGGCGAUCGCGCGCUGACCUGAGGCGCAGGGCCCGCCGCCCUCUCUGCAAGAGCGCACCUGCGGCCGGGGCUUUAGCGGAGCCGGCCGAGGACCAAGCCUCUUCGGAUGUCGUGGCCACAGCCUCGCCGCCUGUCCCGGAGGCUGCUACAGUCCAGGGGGAGGUCGUCCUUCCGGCAGAUUCAGAACUGGAAGCCCCAGCAGAAACUCCUUGUCCCGAGGCUCCUCCCUCCCCGGCGCCUGCAUCCACUCCUGCUCCCGCUUCCACGAGUUCCGUCUGCGACGAACCCGAGGCUUCCGCCCGCCUGCUGCCCGAAGUCACCGAACCAGCUGUUGCGUCCACCUCCUCUCCUUCCUCCUCAUCUUCCUCCACGUCCUCCUCAUCCUCUCCCUCCUCAUCUCCCUCCUCCACCUCCGACCGGCCGGGGGCCUUUGCCGCCAGUUCAGAUUCCUCCUCGUCCUCCUCGUCCUCGACUGCUGCCGUUGCCGCCGACCCCCUUGAUGAUGGAGCAUCGGUCAUCACCACAGGCACAGCAGGCACUGGUGCCAGCAGCAGGGAGAGCAGCCCCGCAGCGAGUCCGGCAACCGCCAGCCCCGCCAUCCAGCUCAAGGAGCAGAAGAGGAGGCCCGACGAGUCCCAGGCCUUCACCAGCUUUCCCGAGAAACGGGCGCGGCUGGACGAGCGUCAGUCCUUUCGUAACACAGUUGACUGUGUGCACUCAGAAAAGCCACAACCUACAACAGAGGAGCCCAAGGUCCCGCCAAUCCGGAUUCAGCUCUCCCGGAUCAAACCGCCCUGGGUCAAAGGGCCGCCAACGUACCAAAUCUGUCCCCGCAUUGUGCCCCCCAGCGAGGGGUCGCGGCGCAGUGGGACGGGGGCGCGCACCCUGGCGGACAUCAAGGCCCGUGCCCAACAAGCCCGUGCCCAGCGCGAAGCCGCUGCUGCUGUUGCAGCCGCUGGGGACGGGGCAGGGCCUGGGGGGGGCGGCCCGGGGGGUGGUACUGGGAUACCGGAUCGCACCAGCGGGCGGCGUUCGAGAGAGCACCCGGGUCCCGUUGAACCAGGAGGAGGAGGAGGAGGAGGAGGAAGACGAGGAGGAGGAGGAGGAGGAAGAGUUGAUGUGGAGGAACAGGAAUCGCCUGCGAGCUCUCAUUCGUCUGGAGCACAACUACAGCUGUCCAAUGUAGAAACUUCAGAAAAGACUCAAGCGUCUACUCCGCAGACACUACCAUCUCCAUCCUCUGUGUCCUCUAACCCAUCCGUGCUGCCAUCUGAGUCACCUAAAACCCCCAUACCAUCACCACCCGAGACGGACAGCCCAGCCUCCCAGGACCCGGUGGAAGAGACCUGUGGAGUGGAGGAGGUGGCUGCCUGCUCCAGCGAUAAAGCCUCUGAGCAGACCUCGGACACUCCAGUGCCUACUCCCAGUGAACCCGAGUCUGUGGGCAGUCAUCCAGAGGUCAGAGCUGAAGAAGCGGAUUCUAGUGGUAGUGUAGCUGUGUCUGCCCGUGACAUGCCCGUGCCCAGUGAAACGGUCAGUCUAGUUCCCACAUCCAUACCCGAUUCGCUGCCUAGGUUUGGUGCUCAGGGUGUGGAUGUGAUCAGAACCUUGGCAGCAACAUCUCAGUCUUGGGAAGGUGAACAGACUCUAAGUGAACCUCGUUCUGCCACUACUGGCGUAAUCCAGCAUGGCUCGGACGUAAAAGGUCCCAAAGAGACAGUUGUUGCAGCCCGAAAUGGUUUUGUGGAGGGUUCAGAGGAGCGAACAGUUCGGGAAACGAUAUUGCAGGAACGUAAGUCUGAAGAGGUUGAGACUCAUGGGAAAUAUGGAGCAGGAUAUGAAAGUUCUCUACCCUCUCUACCAGAGCACACCAGAGAGGAGGAUGCUGGGAUGCACAGCGACUCCACGGAGACAGCAUCGGACUUUGAGAAUGAAAAUCCGGAGGAUGAACCAGUGGACUGGCACAGGGCAAUGGACCAUAAAGAACUGCAGGCUCAGAAUAUGAAGUCCCAGGGUCAGCCUGUCAUUCAGACCCCAAGUCGACUUACCUCGUGCACUUUGAGCCCUCCCCAGCACCAGCAGGCAGUCAUUCAAGCCCAUGUCUCCAACCCCGCACAUGGCCAGACGGUCAUCCAGGCUCGCUUUCCUAACGGCAUGCCAAACCAGCCAGUAAUUCAGCCCCAAAAGCAGCACACAAUCCACAGCCAUGGCACAAACCAUGCCCAGGAGCAGACCUCCAGUGCCCUGACCCUGGCCCAUGGGCAGCCGUACCGCACCCAGGGAGAAAAGGACCAAAGCAGGGCUCAUGGUCUAAAUGAGAAUAGCAAUGGUGGGAAGCCAUUUAUGCCGGUAGGUGAUGAUUUGAAAGCAUUCAGCAGAGGGUCUGCAGAUGAUGCUGGAUUGAAAAAUACUUCCCAAGUUACUACUGUCAAGAGAAGUCAAGGGUCGGCUCGGUCCGUGUCCUCAGUAGAGGCCAACAAUCCUCUGGUUACCCAGCUUCUUCAAGGCAGUCUGCCUUUGGAGAAAGUCCUACCACAGCCGCACUCAGUGAGUAAGCUAGAGAUAAAUCGGCUCCCGGGGACAUCAUUAGCCAUGCAAUCAGGCCGCCAGCCUGGAGGGCCGCCCAGGAGCCUUGCUCCGCGCUUCCGAGCACCGGCCGAGACGGGGGGCCUUACGGAACCUGUUGGUUCAGAAUUCCAGCAUAAAGCCCCUUCUGCUCGGGUGUCCCCCGGGCCCGGACGGAAUUAUGGUCCCUCCCCACCCGGCACCGCUCAAUCUCGAAUGGCCUGCUUGUUCGAGGAGGCCAGCUCCCGUGGAACAGUUGUGCAGCAGUUCGUUCCUCAGCCAUCGGGGGUCACCGUCCCUCCUGGUGCAGUACCCGUCAUUACCUCCCUCCCUUCUACUUCCUCCUCUUCCAGACAUCCGUUGGACAACUCUCAGAGCGUUCCGUCCUUGGAAUCGGCUGUGAUCAAAGAGCACCCCACACCUCAGCCUUCCAGGGGUGAAACUCCUCCAGAGAGGGCAGCAGGAGGGUUUCAGCAGCCCUUGAACAGCCUCACCCAGCCCGCAUGCAGAACCACCCCUGAUGCUCCCUCUCCCCCGCAUGGUGACCUAUGCCCCUCUGAAGUUAUACCUACUGUAAAAAUCAACUGGCGUCCAUCCAAACCCCAGCCACCCCAAGCUCAGUCCUACCAGCAGCAGCAGCAGCACUCUCUUGCAGCUACUGUUAAGAAUGAGGUCUCCUCACGCCCCUCCUGCCAGCAAGCUGUCACCAAAAAUUCACAGGCUCCUAUGGGUGGCAAUGGCUCUGUUGUCGUAGUAACCAAAAAAGAGCCUCAGAGUUCCAUGGACAGUUACAUGACUGGUGCAGGAAGUGUGGGAGCGAUGGAGGGGCUUCUCAACAUGGAAAUGUCGCUCGUUAGAAUGGCAAAGAAGGAGCAAGGCAAAAAUCCAUACAGCCGCCACCAGGACUCCUCCUCCCCCUCCGCUACCUCGGCCUCGUCGCUUCCCUAUCACCUGUACGGAAAGCUGCCCAAACUGCAGCAGAGCGGAGGUGUCCUCAGUGGCGGCACCGGAGGGGCCUCGUCCGGCUUUAGCUACAUGGCUAACGUGUCCGUGGUGGACAGCAGCGGCUUUUCCCGCAGCAUAGCGGACAGCGUGCUUCAACUGCGGCCACGCGUCGGGAGCACUGGAGGCCAAAGCGCCGCUAUUAGCAUCCAGGCCUUCGCCGACAGUGCCACGGAGGACGUGGCCCUGAAGUGCUCCUGCCGUCUCAAGGCCAUGAUCAUGUGCCAGGGGUGUGGUGCCUUCUGCCAUGACGACUGUAUCGGCCCAUCCAAACUCUGUGUUUCUUGUCUGGUUGUUAGAUAGUGUGUUGCAGCACCUCCAAACUGAGCCUAAAGGUCCAAGCAAACCCCUUGGUCCCCGCAGACAUUGUUCUCUUGCCUGUGAUCAGAAACCAGAUGACCUUUUGGACUCAAGUGAGCAAAGGACAUGAGGUAGGACUCUUGGUGUGAAUACAGGCCGUUUUUGGCGAUGGUCGAGGUAAAACAAUAGGGCUAGAAAAUGCCCUGCAAGAUUGAAUUCAGUCUGUAUUUUUGCUUCAUAUUUUUUCUAUUGCUGUUAUGAUGGUGUUUAUGAUGUGUAAUUAUUAUUAUUAUUAUUAUUAUUAUUAUUGUUAUUAUUGGUAUUAAGUGAAUUUACAUGGCACGGUUGAUUGUAGAUUGUGCCUUUUUCUUUAUAAUUUUUUUUCACAAAACAUUUACCUCAUCUACAUGACGCCAGUCAUCAGUUCAGUGUGAAUAUGGUGGCAUUCAUGUUUUUUUUCCUCUCACUUUCUUCACUGAAAAGAGAGUAAAGUUAUUUUGUGUGUCUUGUCUUGCAAAGAAAUAUUUUUUUAAAUCAUUAAAUAAGCAAAUUACUUUUUGUUAUUUUGUAAGUGCUUCCUUUUUUUUUUUUUUUCUUUUCCUUUUCUUAUCCAAAGUGAAGUCUAGUCUGUACUUGGCGGUUAAGCACAGUAUUCUAAUCUAAUAAAGCUGACGACGAGCAUUCCCUCUUA